AUGUUCAACAUUUUACUACUUGCUGCGAUUUUCUUCGCAUGCUUUCAGUCCUGCGCGGCCACAGUCAGCACAAGAUCCAAGGUUGGCUGCUUGACCAAAAUCUCAACCAAGAGCACGUCUCGUGUGCAAACCUCAACCGUUUCAGCGACAUUCAUCUUCCAUCCAAGAGUGACAUCGACGACUACACUCACCCAGACCGUCACCCCAUCCAGCACUACCAUUACGACAAUCAGCACGGCUACUUCUACAACUUUAACGACCCUGCCGAGCACGACUGACACCUUCACCAUCACUACAACUGGGACAAUCCUUGAGACGAUCACAAACACACUCACUUCUACUAACAUCAUCUCCGAAACUGUUACGACCACAGUUACCACUGUUUCGACGAUCUCUACUUCUUCCGGAUUCACUCCACUCGCUUCCGCACUGUCUGCGAGUGGCUAUGCUGCUAGCAAGAAACGCAGGAGUUUGAGGCACAGCAAUGGAGAUGAUGCGCUCAUCGAGGCACGCUCAGCAUCACGUUCAGGCAUGCGUCCCGAUGCUCCCAAAGCUUCAUCGAUCUACCCUGUGGCUGUGAAAUGUUAUCGUUACGUGGAGAUUUUUAGCACUUCGACAAUCAUCGCGACAGCCCGGACUACACCUACGAUAACGCUACCUGCGGGAACAGUGACAGUUACAUCCACUACCACGCUCACAACAACAACCUCGAUCAUUCCGAUCGAAGCAUCAACCACACUAACUUCAUCGACCGCUACAACCCUGACACUCACCAACACUAUCACUGCAGCAAUCUUGACCACCCAGACGACCACAUCCACGGCUUUUGCGCCGGUCUCAACAUUCUAUGCCGCAUGCGCCAACAACAAUCUCGUGUCUCAAGUCAACGGCGUUACGAUUUCCAACUUCGGGCCCGAGACAUAUGGCUAUAGCCAGGCAGGUAACACUGCCAGCGCAUAUGACUGCUGUGUGUUGUGUCAACAGACUGCUUCCUGCGGUGCCAGUUUCUAUGAAGUAGAUAGCAUAUACUCACAGGGUGCAUGCUUUAUUGUCAACAACUCGGGAACUUGCACAGCGGAUACUGCAAGCGAGCAAGAUGCUGUGCUUGUUACCAACUUAGCUUUUACUCUUGUGGCUUCUAAUGGCGCAUGCGGGCAGACAUACUUCAAUAACAAUCAGUAA